AUGUCAACUCAAGGAGUAGACGACAGGCUCAGUCGCUGCACCGUGCCACAAGUCUUUACCCCUGGCGAGAUGAAGAGGACGCUCGGCUUGGUGCCCAAUUCUAGGCACACAACGUACCAGGGGUUGAGAACAGCCAUGAACCGCACCGGAUACUGGGAAUUUCUAGAGACCGGACAGCAUAUAGAUGCCCACUCCACGCUGACCGGGCCCGACUCCGCUGUCAUUGGUGGCAUCCCGGUGCCUCGGACGGGCAAAGCCCCGCAAAAACAUGGCGGUACCUGUCAAUCAGGUACCUUGCCUAAGCCGCUGUCAAAUCCCUGGUACUGCGCAAGAAGCCGCAAGAAGUUGAAGCACGAUGACUUUCACCGCAUGUCCCACCACUCGUAUGUAUUUACCGGAUAUGAAUCCUUCACAUUUGGUGACUUUGCUGUGGUGUUAAUCUUAGGUCCAGGCCUGGGGCUGCGAAAAAUGACGUCUGAGUCCCGUUCUUCAGCGACACGAUGUCUUUUCCGUCCUUUCCCGGGCAUAGCUCUCCACUGGCAAGUGAAUUCAAUUGACUACCAACUACUACCUUACGCGGCGCGAUACUUCAUAUGGUUUGCAGCAGAGUCGAAGGUAGUGGGAAAGGAACAGGUGUUUUUUAUCAGCAGGGAGACCUUGGGCAUUCCCAAAACGGCUCUCUGCAGCGGACAGUCGGUCAAGAAAUACCGCCAAAAAAUGUUGCCAUCUGAAAAGUGCGCAAAUGGAAGUAUCCGUGAGACCUGGACUUGCCAGAAUGUCCUCCCAGUUGGCAGUGGCAGCUCCUCGUACCUCACACAACGCUUCCCCUCCACCACGAACCACAACGAGCACAUCCACAUCCACCACGACGGAAUCCCUCCCGGAGCUUCAAAAUUGACAGCCUACCUUUCCACGCCGAAAUCUUUCUUCGGUUUACCUUGCGACGGUCAUCUUCCUACUGGUGGCAUUCACGCUGCCCCUCGUUCUGCGACUUCAGCCAAUUUCUGGCCAUCUAUGAACCAAGUCGACCUCCUCCGCUUCCUCUCCAAGCCCGCAAAUGACGUUGCACCUUCUAUACACUGUUUGCUGCUGGCUCCGCCAGCCUCCAAAAUUGUCCACCCUCCUGUGGGCCUACUCUCUCAAACGAACGCCGCAAAGUUCCCUACUCUUUCUCACGCGAGCUCCCGGGUUGCGCCUAAAGAGCUAGUCCUGCAGAAGAUGGUCAACCCCUCCGUCCCCAACGACUACGCCCUCUCCCCGGCUGAGGCUACUCCUCAUCUGACAAUCAAUCAUGAUGUCGCUGCUGACCUAGACUCCACCAACGCCUUUGAAGGCCCGGAGAAGCUCCUCGAAGUGUGGUUCGCCCCUGGCCCCGAGUCCCUCCCCGCGAGCGCUCAGCCCAAUGGCCUGAAAGCCGUUUCCGCCGACACCUGGGUUACCAUGCUCGACAUGGUCAACUGCAAGAUCCUCUCAGUCCUUGAGUCUGACUCUGUCGAUGCCUAUCUCUUGUCCGAGUCGAGCUUGUUUGUGUUCCCCCACAAGCUCAUUCUCAAGACCUGCGGCACGACCACUCUCCUCCUGGGCUUGCAGCGACUCCUCCACAUCGCGGCUGAACACGCCGGCUUCCCCUUCCAUAACGCCAAGGAAUCCACCAACGUCAAGGCUGCUGCAACCCCCUACCGAGUCUUCUACAGUCGCAAGAACUUUUUAUUCCCUGACCGUCAACAGGGUCCCCACCGAAGCUGGAGAUCCGAGGUCAAGUACUUGGAUGACCUGUUCGAGGGUGGCAGUGCCUACAUGGUUGGCAAAAUGAACGGCGAUCACUGGUACCUCUAUAUUACCACGCCGAACAAAACCUUGACGCCCCCUAGGACUCCUGACGAGGCAGAAGAAGCUGCUGCAUUCGCCGCCAGGAUUCCCACAGGUAGCGUGGCCAGUUUCAGCAGCGGCUUCGAGGAGCGCAGUGACGAAACUCUUGAAAUUCUCAUGACCGAUCUCGACCCUGAAAAUGCGAAGCAGUUCUACUUGGCGGACGCGAGUGCGGUCGCUACCGACAAGUUGCACUUGCCGCAGACACAGGCGGCUCGGGACGAUGCCCACCAGAGUUUGGGUGACAUGUCUCAGGUUCAUGAGAGGGCGGGCGGCGAGGACCAUGUCGACGUCUUUGAGAACAUCGGCGAGUCUGACCUCAACGAUGGCGAACGUGCCGCCACUGAGGCUCUGACAACCGAGGGUCACGCAAUUGGUACUGUUGUUUCCGAGGGUUGCGGUCUCUCCAGCGUGUACCCAACCAGCAAGUAUCCCGGAGCUCGCGUCGACGCCUACCUCUUCAGCCCUUGUGGCUUUUCCGCCAACGGUGUUGUUCCUGCCAUUGCCGAUGAAGACGAUGACUCGAAGAAUGAGAAGGGCGGAAAUGCCGCUCAUUACUUCACUGUCCACGUCACCCCGGAGCCCAACUGCUCAUUCGCCUCUUUCGAGACCAACGUCCCUGGAGGCCAGAGUGGCCGUACCACGGCUGAGAUCAUCGAGCACGUCGUUGACAUCUUCAAGCCUGGCCGCUUUAGUGUUACUCUGUUUGAGGCCAAGGGCAAGAGCGCCAACCCCUAUGGCAUGGGUGAUUAUGCUUCUCGUGCGACUGCCGUUCAGCGUCUCGUUGACCCUGUCCGCGGGUACCGUCGCAUUGAUCGCAUUGUCCAUGACUUUGAGGAUUACGACCUCGUCUUCCGCUUCUACGAACGGGAUGACUGGGCUGGCGACCGUGAGGCUCGCCUUGGAGAGGAGAUCCAUAGUCUGUCCGGUAGCCAUCCCAGCCCCCUACACGUCGUCCUACCCACGAGCUUUGUCACUUUAUCUGACAUCCUGGGCCUGCUCCACUCAUUGUCUGAUAUCUCAAUCGACCAUGAUCCCGAUGCGCUCGAUUGCUGGGCAGAUUUCUUCCACACUCAACGAGGCCGGCUGCAAGCCACAGCCAUCCGGUUCAGCUACAAAUUCUUGACCAGCCUCGGGCCGUUAUUGACAUUUUUCCGAGGCGUUUAUGGCUGCUCAAUGGCCGUUGGCCCCCAGCGACCAGUGCCUCGAUUUGUCUCGGGCUGGAAUGUUGAGAGCCCACCCGCCACGCCAGCAAGUGCUGGCAGCCAUGGCAAAGACACCAGCCAUCCCACUUCAACAUCCGAUCAACCCUCGCCGCCUUCUGCCAUGGCUCCUUCUCUCAAAGGCGACGACACCGUCAGUGUCGUCGAGUCGUUGGAGACAAAGUCCUCCAUGUCAGGAAGCGAUGUUUCCACAAAAUCCCCGCCCAAGCCUCUCCCGAUUGUCAUGAUCGCGGUCAUGUUCUUCAUGAUCGUCGCGUCCGGAGGAGGCCUUUGUCUUUCGGCUCUUCAGUUUCGGCCCUCAAAGACUGGCGAGCGUGACUGUCUCAGUCAGAGCUUCAUCCUGUUUGGUUCGAUGAUCUCCCCCAUGUACGUGGUGUUACAUAUUAUCGUGUCGUUCCGCAACUACCAGGUUGUCAAGAGGCAGUCACUGCAAUCACCUUUGGUGUCAUGGGCUGUCAUUGUUGCCCGCUUGGGUCUCUUGCUCUGGAUUCCGGCCGUGAUUCUCUCUUCGGUAGCUCUAUCACAUUACCCCGGCUUCGUGACACAAAGCCCAAUUACUGAGCUGAAUUUCUCAGUAUCCGUCAUCGGAAUUAUUUGCAGCAUUGUCGUCAUUCUUGUCCUGGAGAUUGCAUCGCACCCAUUCGAGUUGCCCUGCUUCAGACGGCGGAACACGGUCACUUGUCUAGUCAGCGCCUUCGAAAAGGAUCUCAAGGACGAGGAAGCCAAGCCUGCAAGCCGGCCAAACAGUCGUCCUCCGACCCCUCCAGCCUACUAUUAUUUUCCCGCCAACCACCGACACACGAUCCCGGCCCCAGCAAGAGCCAAACUCGUCCGCAAAGCCAGCUACCCCCGGCGCCGAGAGCAAAUCCCACCCGUCCCGCCUAUCCCGUACCCGCACCCGGACUCCCUCGGCAUCAUGCUGCCCAUCGCAGAGCCUCUGCCUCCUCUUCCCGAGCUGGAACAGACUUCCGUCGCGCCGGCCAUCAAGAUCACCCCCGCCAACGCGCCCGAAUGUCUCUGCCCCGGGAACGGUAAGCUCGCCCCGCCGGCGAACAAGGACAAGCCGUGUCCCCCUCCCCCCGGAACGGCGUGGGCUAAGGAUUGGGAGCAGCUAGCCGUUGAUACCGGCGUGCGACGAAACGGGUCAUUGAGCGACUAUGGGUCUACCGUCGGAACGGAUACGCUUGAUGGAAGGUUCGAUACCCGUGGAGUUGCGUUGAAGCCGCCUCUGCCUUCGAUCAUCGUCACACAUAGUCCAGAGCAAGUCUGA